AAUUUGUAAUGUCGGGUUCGGAUAGCCCCAAUUUUUGGGGGAGUAGAGAAAAUCUGAUACCUCUAGUUCUACCUAACACUCAAACUUGAAAAUCCAAACUCAUCAACUUUGAUUCUCAUUAAUAUUAUCCGACUCCAUUUCCGGCCCGCCUUCAUUUAUUAUAAACUAACUUUUUCACUCUUGCUCCUCACUCCCUCUCCGUCUCUCUCUCAUCUCCAGCGCUCCGGCCGACGGCAUCGUUUCAUCCGUCACUGGUUUGAGAUGGUGCUUAAGUCAUUCAUCGAAGUCCACCCGGACUCGCACUUCCCAAUUCAGAACCUGCCGUACGGCGUGUUCAAGCGCCAACCGGAUUCAGAGCCCAGACCGGGUGUUGCCAUCGGAGACUAUGUGCUGGACCUCUCCGUAGUUGCGUCGGCCGGUCUCUUCGACGGUCCCUUUCUCAGGAACUCCCACUGUUUCAAUCAGCCUAAUCUCAACAAUUUCUUGGAAUUGGGGCGUCCUGCGUGGAAGGAAGCUCGUACUACAUUACAAAAGCUAUUGUCAGCUGCCGAACCAAUAUUGCGCGAUAAUGCUAUUUUGAGAGAGAAAGCACUUGUGCCUACGAGCGAGGUCCAAAUGCUUCUUCCCAUUGCAAUAGGAGAUUACUCGGACUUCUUUGCAUCUAAACAUCAUGCAUAUAACUGUGGAGUUAUGUUUCGAGGCCCAGAUAACGCAAUCAACCCAAACUGGUUUCACAUCCCUAUUGCUUAUCAUGGACGUGCAUCAUCUAUUGUCAUCUCAGGCACUGAUAUAAUAAGACCAAGUGGGCAGGGCCAUCCAGCUGGCAAUUCUCUUCCGUACUUUGGACCUUCUCGCAAGUUGGAUUUUGAACUGGAAAUGGCUACUGUAGUUGGUCCUGGAAAUGAGUUGGGGAAGCCUGUGGACGUCAAUGAAGCUGCAAACCAUAUAUUUGGACUUGUCUUGAUGAAUGACUGGAGUGCAAGAGACAUUCAGGCAUGGGAGUAUGUGCCUCUUGGUCCUUUUCUGGGCAAAAGUUUUGGCACGACUCUAUCCCCAUGGAUUGUGACUUUAGAUGCUCUGGAACAAUUUGCUUUAGAUGCUCCACAGCAGAAUCCCUCUCCCUUGCCAUAUCUUGCGGAGAAGAAAUCCAAAAACUAUGAUAUUGCCCUGCAGGCCUCCAUUGUACCAGCUGGACAGAAAGAUGCCCAUGUCGUUACAAGAAGCAACUUAAGACACCUAUAUUGGACAAUAACUCAGCAACUUGCCCAUCAGACUAUCAAUGGUUGCAAUUUAAGGCCUGGCGACCUCCUUGGAACUGGAACUAUUAGUGGCCCUGAACCUGAUUCUUAUGGGUGCUUACUAGAGCUAUCCUGGAAUGGACAAAAACCUUUAUCUUUAGGUGGAACUACUCGUACGUUUCUGGAAGACGGAGAUGAGGUCAUUUUCACCGGCUACUGCAAGGUUAAGUUUCUUGGAAUAUUUUCUUUUUCUCUGCUGUGUGACUUUAUACCCCUUCCAACAAUAGAUUGUCUGACUCGAUUGCAGGGCGAUGGCUAUAACGUUGGCUUCGGAACGUGCUCCGGGAAAAUUCUUCCUUCGCUACCUUGACCUGCUCUGCAGUUUGCUGGUUCUGUUCUCGCCUGUCUCUCCAUGCUUUUCUGGCUUAUUCUCUCCAAACUUUUUGUUUGCUGCAAAGAUAUCAUUAUUGAAUUUUUGCAUUGCAGGCUUAUGGUUUGUGUACCAAAUUGUAUUUGAUGAUUGUUGUUGUAUGACUAUCAAUACUGAUUAUGAAACCGGUUAUCAUUUACCACUUGAAUCGGCAAAUAAUUCCAAUAUUAUAGAUCA